UCGGAAUUAAGCAACAAGUUUUUGUUGAUUGUCAAUUUGUGUGCAAUUAUUUAUUGUUAUUAGUUUUAACAUUACAAUUAUUAAUCAAUAUAAAUAUACAUUUGUUGUAAAACUGCAAAUCGAAAUGCCGAAUAAUUGAAAAUAGCAUAAAAGUGAAAUGAGAUAGAUGAAGAUUGGUGAAAUGUUUAUUGCACAAAAUUCCAUUACGCAGAAGCAACAGGUCAAUAACGACGACGUAGGCAAACUUGCGCAUCAGUAGGGCAAUAAAAGGCAUGCAGUAAACAGCAGCACAACAACAACGCUUGCAAAAUUAACUACAUAAUUAACAAUAAUUGUGAAUACAUAUGUGCAAGUAUAUCUUGUAGUAUUAUUGCAGCUCAUAAAUUAGCCAAAUUCCACGGGAAGCUAUCAGUGACGCUGGCAGCGACGUUAACAGUGAGAAUCGCAAACACACAAACUUUCGGGCGCCGUUUGUUGGCAAUAAGUUUGGAAUAACAUUAGCACAUUAAUGUUUGCAUUUGUAUGCCCUAGAGUUGUGGUUUGUUAAAUUCCCGUUGUGCAUAUUAAUUCGCCACAAGAAAUUGCAUGUUCUACAACGGUGUGUAGUGUAUUGAGUGUAUGGGUGUAAAUCGCUCAAAGAUAAGUAAUGUGAGAAAUUAGACGAAGAAGGAAAUUAAAGAAAUUCAUACAACUAAUAUAAACAAAAGGUAUUAAAAUCUAACUGCCUGCCAAAAGCCCUAACAAUGCUGACGCUCCUCGGUGAGUGUCAUCUGUGGAGUGUACGCGAUGAGGUUCGCAUCAAAUCAACAGAUCUUGGCGCCUUUCGUUACACACGUAAUCGGGAGGUGCAACAACAAAAUGCAGAGCUCAUGGCAAUUGCCAAGCGUGACUACACAGAACGACGUAACGGCGUGACGGUGCUUAAGAACAGCCGCAAGGCGCCAGGUCGUUUAAAGGAUAACAUUAAACGGCUGGAGGAAAUGCUGCGAAACUUUAAAAUUGUGCAUACAGAAUGGCGUGAUGCAGCACAGGUGCUUUUGCUGUUUACCAAUGGUGUAAUUGCACAUAUUUCGGUGGAUCCAGCGACCGGUGAUAUAUUGCGUAUGGUCUAUGAGAAAUAUUUUGUCGGCAAGUUGGCGUCGGAAGUUAUCACCGACGCGUUUUUCACACGUACCCACAUCGUCUUGGCCUACAAUACGAAUCAAUUGACGGUGGUGUAUUUGCAGAAACCCAAUGCUCGAUCACAAGGGCCUGAGAAAAUUAGUAAUAUGGAUCCACGUAUAUUUCAUGUGAUAAUACCAGGGCCUUCGGAGCGUAAACUUGCACGUCAUUUAACAGUAAAUUGUAGUGCAGAUCUUUUCGUCAUAUGGACGAAAUCCUCACAGAAUGAAGUUUACCCAUGGCGGCCAACAAUACGCGAUCAGGAUCGAGCGAAUAUACAUGUCUUUAAAUUGAAGAGCAUGCAAAUAGAAUCUGUCUCCUAUUGCUGGUCUGAGAAUGAUCCGCUCUCUGUCGAUUUUCUACGCUCAGCUGAAAGUCAAAUACUCACCGUAGAGCAAAAAGUGUCGCGAAAAGGUGAAAUAUAUGCAGAAGUUUGUACCUAUGAAAUUAGUUCUGGAAAAAUGCAGCGCAACACCAUGACAUCAAUAUCCAUGGGUACGCAAAUUUGUUGUCACGCCUUUAGUCCAGAUCAAGAGAAGUUAUUCUUAGGCACGAUCGAUCGAAAAAUUUCCCUACACGAUCUGGUGCAGCAGGUGACCAAAGUGACAACACGUAUUGAUAUUAUACCCACACAUUGCGCCUGGCACUCGGAUAGCAGCAUUGUUUUGAUCGCUAAUGAACGUGCACAAUUUCAAUGCUUUGACCUCGCACUCACGCCGGUGGGUAAUCAAUUGCAGAGUGAAGAUGUCACACCGCUAAAUUUAUUGGAUCUUUCACACUACUUUAUCGCGCAGCCAACUUUGCUGCAUGUGGCCUUCAGUCGUAAGCCCGACCUGACGCAACGCUCUCUGCCAUAUGUACAAACCGAUUGUUUGUUAUUCUUGCAUUUCGAGCAUGGACCGUUGGGUUGUUUGCGUUUCUUUGCUGGUGCCGGCAUGCGUGGUGACAUACACAAUUCAGGCCUGACCGCUGAUGUUUUAGUUGACAAAUAUUUAUCAUUAAAUCAACUGGAGAAAGCGGUGAAUUUACUACUGGCGCUUAAUUGGGAAACCUAUGGCGCUAUGUGUUUAAUAUCGUUACACAAAAUCGCUAAUCAUGUUUUCCAUCGUGGUGAAGCGAAACGCGCACGCGUGGAAUUGCUGGGCAAAGCGAUGAGAACAUUCACCGAUGCAUUAUCUGAGGAUACAAAAGAUGAAUUUAGCGAUCAAGUGUUUGAUUUGAAGCGACGUUUUUUCUUCUAUUUACUACGAAAACAAAUGUACGCUGAAGCAUUUGAAGUUGCUGAAGAUAUUGAAGAUUACGAUCUCUUCAUGGAUCUUUUUAAUGUGACCAAAGUGAAUGCAAACUUGUUGGAAUUCUCGUCGGCUGCUUUUAGUCAAGCUGCUACAAUACUGCUUGAAGAGCAGGGUAACGGCCGUGUUGUGAGUGGGGUUGUAAAUAGCAAUAUAAGCUCAGAUUAUCGUUCCGAGUCGGCUUGCUCACAAUCCACUUAUUCCGAUGUACAAGUGCAGCAGCGCAGUAAAACGCAGCAACACAACAAUUAUACAAAAGAACAUUUAAAGAAUUAUGUGCCACCAUUGCCAUCAUUUAAAUCGAAAAUAUUCAAUGCCGAAAUGAUAAAAAUAAAUUUACCAAAACCCGAGUUGCGUAUUGAGAGUACGCAAGAUACAAUGCGCACACGAGCGCCACCACCGCCGCCUCCCUUGCCAACCUUACGUAGUUUGAAAAUUUUACACAACGCCAAUUGCAACGCACAAGCCACAAGCAGUACGCUCGCAGAACUUUCAGCGAAGAGUGGCAGUGAUUUACAAGGUUCAGCAUUAACUGCUGUUACGCCGCCCGCGACACUUUUACCGUGGCAGCAACAAUUGCCCGCCGACGCAAAAACGCAUAACAAUAUUCCUACACCUUCCAGCACGUUAUUGGCACGGAUCAACAAUUCAAGCAUCGCCAACAAUAACACAUAUACGCCGUUUUUAACAAAUCCAACGCACCUGCAACCCGCCAGCACCACCACAUCCUUAAUGCAUCACGCCUCCCCAGCUGUUGUAUCCGAGAAUACCUUGCCAUUACCACAACAAAAACAAGUACAGAUUUCGCCAUCUACUGCAUUAGCACCCACGACGAUGGCUGGUGUAAACGCAAUGCAUUCCGGCAUUUAUAAACCAAAAUAUUAUCAACAUCCGUUAGUAUCUGGUACAAUACCGUCAACAUUGAUGGUAAUGCCUUCUAGUGAGGAAUACCAGAAACGUUUACUACAAAAGAAGCCAACUGCGUCCAUACUUUCGAAUAGUUCUGCACAGCAACAACAAAAUGGUGGUAAUUUGGUUAAUGGUGGUGGAGCGCUUGCAAAUGGUUUGCACAAAGAGUCCCACAGUGGUAGUGGAAAUAGUCGUAAUCCUGCUGGAGAGAAAAAUAAAGUGAAAUUUUCCGACACGGUGCAGGUGGCAGUAGUGCCGGAGAUACCACGCAAGGAAAAACCGCUGCCACCGAAGCGUAAUGGCUAUUCACGUCCACUGGCGCGUAAUAUAACCAAUCCGAAGAAAGAAUUAGCUGACAGCUUGCCACUUUGUCAUCCGCAUGAUGACUAUUUAAAAGAUUUUAAUCCACUCUCAGCUGCUGAAGAUAUGCCACGCCCACCAACGAAGAGCACGAACCGCGAUGAUAGCUCAAAGUCACGUAAAUCGAAUGCCACACAACCAGCCAUUAAAGUGGUGCACUUUGGUGUCGUUUAGGUGCAUAAAAAUUUCCUCUUGUUUCCGGCCUGGCGCUAUUGGUGCUUGUGGAAUAGCAAUAUUACAAAUAGAUGCUGUGCACAUAAGAAAUAAGUAGUUUUAAGCUUUACGGUACUUGCAUAAAUUUAACUCUUACAUGCUAAGAACUUACGACAGAGAAAAAAAUAGCUUAAAGAAACUCUAUUCCGCCCAGUAGUGAAAGCUUUAUAUAGUACAUUCCAUUUAGUUUUCAACCUUUUAUUACAAUUAUUCACUGUAAAUUAAUUUCCACAAAUACGUAUGCAAUUUUAAUCAUGGCAUAGAAAUAUAAAAACGAAAAAGUAA